AUGGCUUUCGUUUCCAAGCUCUCAACGCCAAACCCAGCUGCGUCGUUAUCGGAAGCGCUUCGCCCCCGCGAGUCUUCUCGCAACUGCUUCCUCUCCUUCAAACCUUCUUCUUCCGCUGCUAAUUACAAGUUUAACCUCUCUGCUUCCCUCCGAUCUCUUCACUCCCUCCCUCUUAAAACCUCUCUGCGGAUUAAAUGCUCCCAAACUGAUGGGAAUGGAAGUCCUGCUAAGAGGACAGUGCUUCAUGAUCUCUAUGAGAAAGAAGGGCAGAGUCCAUGGUAUGAUAAUCUCUGCAGACCUGUUACAGAUCUGCUUCCUCUUAUAGCCAGUGGUGUCAGAGGUGUUACCAGCAAUCCUGCGAUCUUUCAGAAAGCUAUUUCAUCCUCAAAUGCUUACAAUGAUCAGUUCAGGGAACUUGUGCAAGCAGGGAAAGACAUUGAAAGUGCAUACUGGGAGCUUGUAGUGAAGGAUAUCCAAGAUGCCUGCAAGCUAUUUGAACCAAUCUAUGAUCAAACAGAUGGUGGUGAUGGCUAUGUUUCUGUUGAAGUAUCUCCCAGGCUUGCUGAUGAUACUGAGGGAACCAUAGAAGCUGCAAAAUGGCUUCAUAAAGUGGUUGAUCGCCCCAACGUGUAUAUUAAGAUUCCAGCUACAGAGGCAUGUGUGCCUUCAAUUAAGGAAGUUAUUGCUAAUGGGAUAAGUGUGAAUGUAACGCUGAUAUUCUCUCUUGCAAGAUAUGAAGCUGUUAUUGAUGCUUACUUGGACGGUCUUGAGGCAUCUGGGUUAAAUGACCUCUCUAGAGUUACAAGUGUUGCCUCUUUCUUUGUCAGUCGAGUUGACACUCUCAUUGACAAGACCCUUGAGAAAAUUGGCACCCCAGAGGCCCUUAAUCUACGUGGCAAGGCAGCAGUAGCCCAAGCAGCAUUGGCUUACCAGCUCUACCAAAGGAAAUUUUCUGGUCCUAGGUGGGAAGCUCUAGUUAAAAAAGGGGCCAAGAAGCAAAGGCUCCUCUGGGCCUCAACUAGUGUCAAGAAUCCUGCCUAUCCUGACACCUUAUAUGUUGCACCUCUUAUUGGACCUGACACUGUAUCAACCAUGCCAGACCAAGCCCUUCAAGCAUUUAUCGAUCAUGGUACUGUAUCCAGAACAAUAGACUCAAAUGCAUCUGAAGCUGAGGGAAUAUACAAUGCUCUCCAGAAAUUGGGUAUUGACUGGGGCUUUGUCGGUAACCAGCUUGAACUUGAAGGGGUGGAUUCGUUUAAGAAGAGCUUUGACAGCCUCCUGGAUUCUCUGCAAGAGAAGGCAAACUCUCUUAAGUUGGCACCAAUCAAUGACAGCAAUGGUGCCAGCCUCCGUAGCAGAGCUGGAUCCAUCACCCUUUUCAUGUCUUUGAUGGAUAGCUCCGAGAUCAAGUCACCAACAGAAGUCUCCAUUGAGGGGACACCAGGCACUUCAAUGAACAGAAAGAAGCUUGCCAUUUACUUCAUUGAGUCCGAGGAUAGAAGAAUGGCCUUUGGUCGUGGGUACACAGCAGGAUCUACACCAGUUAAUAUCCAUGGCAAAUCCAUUGUUGACCUUUCAAAGACUGGUGGUUGGAUUGCAGCCUUCUUUAUAUUUGGAAAUGAAAUGGCAGAAAGAAUGGCUUAUUUUGGGCUUUCAGUUAACAUGGUGGCCUUUAUGUUUUAUGUGAUGCAUAGACCAUUCACCAGUUCAUCCAACGCAGUAAACAAUUUCUUGGGUAUAUCACAAGCUUCUUCUGUGCUUGGUGGUUUUCUAGCAGAUGCAUAUCUUGGACGCUACUGGACAAUAGCCAUCUUCACUACAAUCUAUCUUGCGGGUUUGACAGGAAUAACGCUGUGUGCAACAAUAGGGAAGUUUGUACCGAACCAAGAAGAGUGUGACCAAUUUUCUCUGCUUUUGGGAAACUGCGAGCCAGCAAAAUCGUGGCAGAUGACAUACCUCUACGCGGUUCUAUACAUCACAGCGUUUGGAGCAGCAGGGAUAAGGCCCUGCGUGUCAUCUUUUGGAGCAGACCAAUUUGAUGAGAGAAGCAAAAACUACAAGGAACACCUUGACAGAUUCUUCAACUUUUUCUAUCUGUCAGUGACCAUAGGGGCAAUUGUAGCCUUCACAGUAGUGGUGUACGUGCAGAUGCAAUAUGGAUGGGGAUCUGCAUUUGGGUCACUCGCAAUUGCGAUGGGAAUAUCAAACAUGGUGUUCUUCAUAGGCACUCCCUUGUACAGGCACAGGUUGCCAGGAGGGAGUCCUCUCACUCGAGUUGCUCAAGUUUUGGUUGCUGCAUUUCGAAAAAGAAAUGCCCCUUUUGGAAGCAGUGAGUUCAUAGGCUUGUACGAGGUUCCUGGCAGAAACUCUGCCAUCAAGGGAAGUCGAAAAAUUGCUCACACUGAUGAUUUCAGGUUUCUUGACAAGGCAGCUCUGCAAUUGAAAGAAGAUGGUGCUAAUCCCAGUCCUUGGAGGCUCUGUACUGUGACUCAAGUAGAAGAAGUGAAGAUCCUUUUGAAACUGAUUCCCAUACCAGCUUGCACAAUCAUGCUCAACGUAGUCCUAACAGAGUUUCUCACUCUCUCAGUCCAGCAGGCAUACACUCUGAACACCCACUUGGGUCGUUUGAAGCUCCCAGUUACAUGCAUGCCUGUGUUCCCAGGCCUCAGUGUUUUUCUCAUAUUAUCUCUCUACUACUCCCUUUUUGUCCCCAUCUUUAGACGCAUCACGGGUCAUCCGCACGGUGCAUCUCAACUUCAGAGGGUAGGAAUUGGGUUGGCAGUGUCCAUUCUAUCAGUUGCAUGGGCUGCAAUAUUUGAGAGGUACAGAAGAAACUAUGCAAUAAAACAUGAUUAUGAGGCUACUUUCCUCACAGCAAUGCCUAACCUAAGUGCAUAUUGGUUGCUGAUCCAAUACUGCCUCAUUGGUGUGGCUGAAGUGUUCUGCAUUGUGGGGCUAUUGGAGUUUCUAUAUGAGGAAGCCCCUGAUGCCAUGAAGAGCAUAGGCUCUGCGUAUGCUGCACUAGCUGGUGGCUUGGGUUGUUUUGUGGCAACCAUUAUAAACAACAUCAUCAAAUCAGCCACCGGGAACUCAGCUAAAGACCAACCUUCUUGGUUGUCUCAAAACAUCAACACUGGCAGCGUAAGUGAAUGGCAGCCAAAGCUGAAAAAAGAAGAAGAGAAGAAACUGCAUCGUAAGAAAGGCGUA